GUGCCAGGCGUCUCAGUAGCUCGGACUCGGUGAAGUAGCGUUGCACGACCAAAACAGUAUGCCUACAAAGAUGCCAGUUUCUCCAACAAGGAACUGCCCUAAAAUGGAGGAAGAUGGUGAGGAUGACACCAUGCAACAUACCAGCGAUUCAGGCCUCAUAAAACAGGACUUUACUCAUCAGGAAGCUUACCUGGCAGAACUUCAAAUUAAUACAUCUGUGUCAGAUGAGCACCACAAGUGUCUGCAAGUCAGCAGAACAGUGCGAGAUGGCACCCAGGAGAGUUUGGCCGAAAAGGAGCUGCAGUUGUUGCUCAUGAUUCGCCAACUGGCAACACUAAGAGACCAGUUGUUGUACGCACAUUGCGAACAUAAGAACGUUGCCGCCAUGCUGUUAGAAAAGCAGCAGCAGCAGAUGGAGCUUGCAAGGCAGCAACAAGAGCAAAUUGCAAAACAACAGCAGCAGCUCAUCCAGCAACAACACAAAAUUAAUGUAUUAGAACAACAAAUGCAGUUUUUCGAAAACACAGCAGACAGUGGUGGAGCACCAGGGCUCAGUCACUGCUGCAACUGCUGCGACCCUGUGGAAUGUUCCAUGCAAAUUCUUCACACUCCCACACCUUCAAGUGCACCCACCAUAGGACAUCAGGGAUCAUCACAACCUUUGAAUCUAACUGCCAAAAUUAAAGGUUCUGAGCUGUCCCCAACCUCAAGUAAUGCUUCAAUUUUGAAUCAUUUUGUGGGAGGAUGCAGUGAUGAGGCUAACAGCAGGGAUAACACAACCAACCAACAAAAGGACAAUCUACCACUCGGCUUUCUAGGUAAAGGAGACGUAAUCACUAAAGCAAUACAAGAAGCAUGUCAACUUCUUCAAGGAGAGAACAUCAUUUCAGAGCACCAUGAAAACCACAAUGUUAAGGAAGUGCUGGACCCUAAUCCUGAAAAAGAGGUUCAAGAUGAACAAUCUCAACAGCAAAUUGAAGAAACUCUGCUUCAGUGUAGCGUGGACAUUGAUGGAUCUCAUCAAUUUUCUCAUGGAUUUGUCAAUCACAUUAAACGCCCAAUGAAUGCUUUUAUGGUAUGGGCCAAAGAUGAACGGAGAAAGAUCUUACAAGCGUUUCCUGACAUGCACAAUUCUAGCAUCAGCAAAAUCCUAGGUUCUCGGUGGAAAUCUAUGAGUAACUCUGCAAAGCAGCCAUACUACGAAGAGCAGGCACGACUUAGCAGGCAGCACUUGGAAAGAUAUCCAGACUAUAAAUACAAGCCAAGACCCAAACGUACAUGUAUAGUAGAAGGGAAAAGGCUAAGAGUGGGAGAGUAUAAAGCUCUUAUGAAGAGUAGAAGACAGGAUUCAAGACAUGGAUACAUAAUCACAACACAGGGUUCAUCGCAAAAUCCCUCAUCACCAUCAGGGUUGCAUUCCCAACCUAUAACAAGAACCAUGUCCCAAGUAUCAACCUCUGACAUAUACCUGGCCACGGAUGACAAUAUGCCAGUAAUCAUCAGCACCAGGAGCCUUCAGGACCUAAAAGGAGCUAUGUCACAUAUGCCUGAAAUGUAUGGUAAUUUUGCAGACUCUGGGAAGACCGAUGGUGCACUUGUAGUUAUACCAGAUUAAGUGAGGGUUCACAAUAUGCAUAUAUGACCUUUCCUUUGUCCAUACACAUCUUACAAACAUGAAGAGAUAUGCUAAAUU